UUUUUGGAGUUUCACUUAGGUAUGUUUAUUGCCGAAUAAUCUUUAAAAAUAUUAUUAAAUCAAAGUCAUCUUAUUUCACUAAACGAUUUUUUAAAGUUAUUAUUAAUUUUAACAACUUAUCCGGUUUUAAACAUGGGUCGAUACGCUCGUGAACCUGAAAAUGCCACCAAAACCUGCAAAGCUCGUGGCUCAAAUUUGAGGGUACAUUUUAAGAACACAUGUGAAACUGCAAAUGCAAUUAGGAAAAUGCCACUGAAAAGGGCAUUAGCUUAUCUGAAAAAUGUUGUUGCAAUGAAGGAGUGUAUUCCCUUUAGGAGGUUUAAUGGAGGUGUGGGAAGGUGUGCCCAAGCAAAACAGUUUGGUACAACACAGGGAAGAUGGCCAAAGAAGUCUGCAGAAUUCUUGCUGCAACUGUUGAGAAAUGCUGAAAGCAAUGCUGAUUACAGUGGCUUGGAUGUAGAUAGAUUGGUUGUAGAUCACAUUCAGGUGAAUAGGGCAGCUUGUUUAAGGCGCCGUACCUACAGAGCUCACGGUAGAAUUAACCCUUACAUGUCUUCACCAUGCCAUAUUGAGCUCUGGCUUACAGAAAGUGAAUCUAAUCCUGCAUCUCCAUCGAAAAAGAGUAGUAAAGAAGCAGGAGAUAAAACGAAGAGGGCUAAAACAGCUGCUGUUGCGGCUCACUAAUUUAUGUUGACAUUCUAAAAAUCUGCAUCUUCCAAAGAGAUGUAAAGAACCAGAAGAUAAAACACGAGGGCUAAAAUAACUGCAUUUUGCAGUACACUAAUUUAUGUUGACAUGAUAAAUAUAAAACUUUAUACACA